AUGUCUGAGGUUUGGCUUUAUUUGAAGAAAUCACUUCAUUGCAAACCUCAAUCAUCAGAGGUUUAUGUUCCAGAGGCAAAUACACACCAUAAAAGAGAAAAUGGUUUGAAUCAUUCAAAUAAACAGUUACGUAGUCCAAAAUAUCUUGGAGACAAUGUUAUGCUUAACCAUGUUAGUCAUGAAAUUGUUGUUGAUAGCAAAAGUGGUGAGAUUAAAAUUUGUCCAUGUUAUCCUAAUUCUAAAAGCAUUGAAGAUCGAAAAGGUGUUGACAAAUCAAUUAAGGGAAUCAUAGCUUCAACAAAAACACAUUGUGUUGACUGUGAUGAAUGUUGUAUCUUCUCAAAGCCAAAGGUGACGGUGAUGAAAGAUUAUAAUUAUAUUGAACUUCCGACUACAACUUUUCCUCUUGACACUAUCGAAGAAAAGGAUAUUUCUGAGCAUUCAGUGAUCAAUCUUCACAGACAAGAUUCGUCUUGGCAAAUUAUCAAAAAAAUAUGUGAAAUUAGCGUUGUGAAUGGUGAAAGCAAUACCACAUUAAAGAUUGAAUCUGUAUUAAAAGUCCAAAACAUGCAAGAGACAUUUACAUCCUUUGAGGAAUAUAGAGAGAUUGUGAAAGCUAAUGCUGCAAGUCUAGAGCACCCGCGAUGCUUAGUUGAUGGAAAUGAGAUGUUAAGGUUCCAUGGUACAACCAUUGCAUGUUCUAUUGGAAUAAGUGGCUCUUCUAGUUUGUGCACUUUAGACCAAUGUGGUCUAUGUCAAAUUUUGAGGCUUGGUUUCUCCGCCAACCGAAAAUUACAUGGUAAUGCUGGUGUUUCCACAACUUCUACAUGCAGAAAAGCUAUUGAUUCCAUUAUCUGUUCCAAAAAACCCUUCAUGAGAAAGUGUGUUAUAGUGUGUAGGGUGAUAGCUGGGAGAAUCAACAACCCUUUACAAGAGAUUCAAGAAAUUAGUGAUUUAGGGUAUGAUUCUUUGGUUAAAAAAUUGAGUUGUCAACUAGAUAUUGAAGAACUAGUUGUUUUAAAUCCUAGAGGUGUUCUUCCUUGCUUUGUUGUAAUGUACAAAUUAUGA